CCUCGACGCUCCCAGCGACGCCCCCGACGACCUCAGCGGCUGCCCCUCCACGCUUCGUCCUUCGUUAGCAGUACCUCCCGGACACACUCGUUACCUUCACUAUUCUACCAGAAGCCAUGUUCGCCCGCUCAGUCGUCGCAGCUUUCGUUGCCGCCCCCCUUCUCGCCCAGGUCGCCUUUGCGGCUUCCUGCGCGCGCCAGUACACCGUCAAGGAGGGCGACUGGUGUGAUACCAUCUCCGCUGCCAACAACGCGUCCACGUACCAGCUCGCUGUCGUGAACUCGGCCAUUGACAACGUCUGCGACAACCUCCAGAUCGGCCAGACCCUCUGCCUCGGUACCGAGGGCGAGGACUGCCAGACCACGCACGUCGUCCAGGCCAACGACUCCUGCGACCUCGUCACCGGCACGUACAACAUCAACGCUACGCUCCUCCACACGAACAACCCCCAGGUCGAUGCCGACUGCACUAACCUCUACAUUGGCGAGGUUCUUUGCGUCGCGAACACCAUCGCCGUGCCCGCUGUUGCCUCCGGCAGCGCUACGCCCGCUGUCAUCAUCCCCUCGACGGCCAUCCCCGUGAGCACGACCGCGACCCCCGCGACGACGUCGACUGCCGCUACGGUCACGGAGACCGUGUCCGCCGACGACGACGAGGACCUGCCCUUCUGCGACGAGCUGUAAGGGCCUCGUCUCCCUGCCCCGCGGAACCGCAGCGUAGAGCACCCCACGCCCGCUCUCCGCCGCUGUCUCCGUCCGCCCGCGUCUCCGUUCCGACAGCACCCUGCCUUUAUCCCCUCUAUCGUCCUUCGUUCUGUUUUACCCCACAUACCCAGCAGCAUAGCGCGCCGCUAUGCUCUUAUUACCACCCUGUGACCUUGCACGUUGCGUAGAUAGCUCUGUGGGCUCAAUGGUCGGUGUGCACGUCACAAUGUUGAACAUCGCUAGGGGUCCCGGGACCCCGGGUUUCGUACGCAGUCUUUAAUGUAGUGCCGAGAGUCGAAGUUUGCGUGAAAGCGAUAAUCGAAGCAAAGAUAACAAGUACAGCAAAUGACAUCGUAUGGAUACACACCGCGCCCGGCCCAGUCCGAUUCCCCCCAUCACGUACGAUCACGACUCCUCCAAGUACCCCUGCACGAUGAGAUGCUCGAUGUCGGACCGCCGCACCAGAAAGCGGUGGCCGCGCUUGAAGUCGAUCGCGCCGAGCUCGGUGUGCACGACGCCGCAGUCGCGCACGACGCGGACGUGCACCUGCAGGUCCUUCGGCGGGUGCGCGAUCGGCGCGAGCAGGUCGAUGUCCUCCGUGAGGCCCGCGCCCGCCCCGGCCGCGGACGAGAACGCGUCGGUGCGCAGCGUGAGCAGCGACGCCGCGUACGACCGCAGAAAGUCCACCUCGUGCGGGCUCAGCUUCGAGCGCACGUCCUGCGGCGCCGCCGCCCCGCCCAUCUGCGCCUGCUGCUGCGCCUGCACCUGCGCCGCACCGCCCGCGGCGCCGGCGGGCUGCAUGGCGAGCAGGAGGGGGAGCGCGCCGCCGACGGACCAGAAGAGGUCCUUGAGGAACUCGAGGCGGUGGUGGUGGUACGCGAGGAGGCAGCGCUUGUUGCGGAGGAUGGCGGUCUGGUAGAGCAGCACGGUCGGCAUGUACGCGUGCU